ACCAAUUGACUUGUCGUUUACACAUACACAUACACUGUGGAUUAUCCAUAGCCAACGAAACCAGAGGCCCCUCACCCCUUUGCUGUCUGCGCCACAAAUCCCCAAACCCUCCAUCUUCAUCUUCAUCUUCAUCUUUAUCUUCACGUCACAUGCCGUGUUGAAUCGGAACCACCUUUAUUGCAGACAGACCAUGGUGGUGCCGACGGUGAUGCUCAUCACUCACUUCAUCACAACGACACUAGUUUGCUUCUCCUGAUAUCAAUUGAUUGAUUGAUUUAUAAUGGAAGCCGCACAGGGACGUCGUUUGUCCGUCAUCGCUUCUCAUCUUCGCCAAAUUCCCAUUCCACCAACUACGACCAAUGUUUCUUCAUCUAUUGUCUCGCCCUCUCAUUGCAAUUCCUCAGAUUCUGAGAAGCUGCGCAAUCUCGAGGCUGAUUGUGUUUUCUGUAAGAUUAUUCGAGGCGACGCACCUGCUUUAAAGCUAUACGAAGAUGAUACAUGCCUAUGCUUUUUGGAUACAAAUCCUGUUAGCCCUGGGCACUCUCUUAUUAUUCCAAGAAGCCAUUUUCCAUCUCUGGUAGCAACUCCUCCAUCUGUGGUAGCUGCCAUGUGCUCCAAAGUCCCUUAUAUUAGCAAGGCAGUUAUGAAAGCCACUGGUUCUGAUUCUUUCAACUUGUUGGUGAACAAUGGUGUGGAUGCAGGCCAAGUUAUAUUUCAUACACACAUUCAUAUAAUACCUCGCAGGGCACGAGAUUGCUUAUGGGCUUCUGAGAGCUUGAAGAGGCAUCCAUUGAAGGUAGACAAGGAAGUUAUGCAUCUUGUUAAUGGCAUUAGACAAGAAUUGUCAUUUGUGGAUGGAUUUGAAGAUAGCAGUAGUAAAGAUCAUGGAACCACUCUCAUUGGAAGCUGAUAUCAGGUUUGAUUGGAUUCAGUUAUUGUAAUUUUAUCAAAACAUUUGCAAUAUUUUUUUGGUUUGGUUUGUUUGUUUUUUUUUUUUUUUAAAAGUUGGUUGAUGGUUUGGAGUAUAAGGAGUUUUGCAACUUGUUUCAUCUUUGUUCAUAGUUGUGUUUUAUAAUCAGUUUAUUAUAUUGAAAGUUUUAUAGAUAGAGAGUGAUUCAUGAUUCA